AUGUCAGUGACGGCGCCGCGCUUUUCGGGGUGCACCAUCUUUGGCACGGACACGGGGACGUGCUGCACGACGUUCCCCGUCACGGCCAACAUAACCCAGGGCAGCGUGACGUGCCAGACGAGCAGCGACCGCGUCAAGGCGCUACAGCAGGACGUCGCCAAGUCGCUCAAGUGCACCGGCUCCUCCAGCAGCGGCGCGGCGCCGGCGGCUGGUCCGACGGGGUCAAUCGCAGCCAAUAGGUGGACACUCGUCCUCGUCGGCGCUUCCGUCGCACUUGCCGUCGUAUCGGGCGCCGUCUAG